GACUGGCCAUUACUGGUACCAGCAGUACUGGAGAAUGAAGAAAUUCCAGCCUCAGUCCCAGAAAACCUUGUCAAAGAAGCCAAGAGACAAGCUGGUGAUUUCUGAUAUGACACAGUUGCUGAAACACUUGUGUUUACUGGGCCAAAUGGAAAUGAGUCUUCACCCUUUAUCCCAUUCUUGCACCAUGCAGAAUUACUUGAUGUGCUUUGUAAGGAGUAUGGCCAUCAGGGUGUCCACAGUAUUCUUGACUUGCUCAGAGGACAGGGUUGGUGGCCUGGAACAUGAAAAGAUUGUGAGACAUAUUGUCAGACAUGUCCACAAUGUCAAAUCUUCUCUGAUCCAAGGAAAUGACAGGAGUUUGAAGAACAACACCCACUUCCACCAGUUGAACCAUUUGAGCAAUGGGGAAUGGACUUCAUCGGAAUGCCAGAGACCAGAGACAGUCACAAGCAUAAGUGGAUCUUGAUGAUGGUCAAUCAUGCCACAGGCUGGCCCAUUGCAAUUCCGAUGCGAAAGGCCAGAGGCCAACGAGUUGCCCGGGAGAUUUGGGACCAGAUCGUUAUGCACUAUGGAGUGCCAAGUGAAAUCCUCACGGACUGUGGAAAGAACUUCCUUCCUCCAGUUGUGUCUGAAUUCCUGAAGAUUGCAAAGAUCAGACGGUUGACUACUUCAGGAUAUUAUACAAUGGGAUCCUUGAGUCAUAUCUCAAGAAGAUGAAUACCACAGGAGAUCCGACUCGAUGGAACGAAUUUCUUGAUGCUGCACUAUUUGCAACUCGAGUCCGACAGCAAACCACAGCCAAGUGGUCACCAUUUGAGUUGUUGUAUGGUCGAAAGCCUCGGUUGCCAUUUGACCAGCCACUUCUCCGUGCCCCAGAUGCUGCACUCCCAGGGGAUGCAGAGCACUCGGAACGGCACUUGCAAAUGCAGAAGGCUCGAGAACAAGCUUCGGAGCGAGGGCACUAUCCACAUGGACACUUACGACCAGGCUUGGUGAAUGGAAACCGUCUUCGACUUGCUCAUCUCCGAGAAGAUGAUACAAACCAUCGUGCUUGGGUCUUGCCAAACGCAACACAACGGCAGUGGUCGAAGGAAGACAAGGAAGCCGCUUCACAGGCUGUUGUCCGUGCCAUGCCUUCAAUACGAAUUAUCGGUCGCUUUGCCAAUCCAAAUACCGGGUCUGCACCAGUGACGGUUGCAGAGGACGAAUCACAGAAUACACAGCGAACAGUUAUGCCAAGACGGAGAUCAUGACCCAUGGGUCAAGAUCACGGAAUUCCGCAAACUGUUCCAGUGAAACAAAGGCCACAGACUCGAUUCUAAACCGAUAACACAAACAAUACCCCAAGACUGCAGGUCUUGGGUUACAAUCCUCCAGACGGAGGUCCGAUUCCCUCAACCUGAAGCCCCGGAGCAACCCAAACAGUCGCCUGCACAGAUGUGCGAAGUUAGUAAAUCCGAUGCAAAAGGUGGUCCACUGACUGCAUAUGCAUGUCCAGUCCUCCAGAUGGAGGUCCAGAAUGCAGUACACACCAGCCUUACCAGGACGCACCAAAACUCGAAGCAAUCCCGGCAGACGACAGACACAGAGCAGAGCCAGAAAGCAAAUUCCGUCUCAAAAUCACAAAAACCCAUCCAUCCAGCCCAAGAACAGCUCAGAUCAGCCCAGAAACCAGCCAGAAUCAUCUCC